CAGAGCCAAACUCCCUCUCGGUGUUUUGACUUCCAGUGUGAAGAGCCGAAGUCAUUUCAAUUCCUGCUGCUGGAUAGCAGCACUUAAGAGAAGUGGCUGAAGUGGUUUGCUGCCAUUCUCCAGGAGAAACCCUGUAACUUCAGAGAUGAUUGAGAUGUCUGAGAGGUCUCCUUUGUGCAGAACUUUUCAAGUUGAACUUUCUCUUAUGUAAUGACUACCUCACGGCCUGAGUCACUUCGCUCUGUUUCUUUUGAUAUGAUAAGAGGAGGGCUAAGAGUUGAGCUCAGCUUGCACCUCAGAGGCGUUGAAAGCAAUCAAGCUGAUCACAUUGUUUUUAGUCUCUAUUCUUUUUCAUUCCCCAUUAUCUUUGUCUAUCCUCACCUGAAGUAUAACUCAGCUCAGUAGUGACAGUCCAACAGGGUGACAGGUCACAGGUUGAGGAUAUAUGACAGUGAAAGAGUGUCUCUGUGGACCAAACGUCUUUUUGACUGUGUUUUUACAUGUGCUUCAUCAGAAUGCAGUUUCCAUGUACUGUCGUCUCGGCUUCGCUGUAAAGAAGGGUCAUGUGAUCAGCCCAGAGCAGCUCCACCCUACCUGGAAGAACGCUCCGUCUGUGAACAGACUCAGGAGCACCAUGGACCCUCAGAAGAUGCUGCUGUCCUGGGAGCAGGGCAGUCCUGUCAUGGAGGGAGGCUCCUCAGCCACCGACACCGACACCACCAGUCUGGAAGAAGCAGACACAGGAAGCGUAAGCAGCCUAAGCAUCCCAGCUGCACCCACAAAGAGGAUUGCCUUCCUCUUUGACUCCACUCUCACAGCCUUCCUCAUGAUGGGCAACCUGUCUCCGAACCUGAAGAGUCAUGCAGUGACCAUGUUUGAGGUGGGUAAGCUGUCUGAUGAGACUCUGGACAGCUUCCUGGCUGAGUUAGAGAAGGUGGAGAGCACAGCGGAGGGCGAGGCCCAGCGCUACUUUGACCACGCUCUGACCCUGAAAAACACCAUCCUCUUCUUACGCUACAACAAAGAACUCUCUCAGGACCAGGGGCCUGACAUCCCAAAUAUAGGAUUCCCCUUGGACAUGCUGCGCUGUGAGAGCCUGCUGGGUCUGGACCAGGCCACCUGCAGCCGUGUCCUCAACAAGAACUACAAGCUGCUGGUCUCAAUGGCGCCGCUGAGCAACGAGAUCAGGCCCAUCAGCAGCUGCACGCCUCAGCACAUUGGCCCCGCUAUCCCUGAGGUGAGCUCCAUCUGGUUCAAACUGUACCUGUACCAUGUGACCGGCCAAGGCCCGCCGUCUCUGCUGCUCUCCAAAGGCUCCAGGCUCCGCAAACUGCCGGACACAUUCCAGUCCUACGACAGGUUGUUGAUCACCUCCUGGGGUCACGACCCCGGAGUCGUACCUUCAUCCAACGUGCUGACCAUGCUCAACGACGCCCUCACACACUCUGCUGUACUGAUCCAG